AUUUUCAAGAGGCAGCCUCAAACACACAGAUUGUCACUUUCUCACUAACUUGGCACCGAAGAUUGCUACAGACUGAUCCAUCGGCUAUCCAUGGCUGCCGAAAGUGAACAAACCCCCUUUUUUCAAUAAUAAGAACCGUAUUCAAACCAUCAUCUUCAGUUGCAGGAAGCAUUUCAAGCAUCCAAAUCUAAUCAGCGGUUGAUGUCAACCUUCAACCUGGGCAAGAAGCUCCGCCCCGCUAACAAAGCGUGGAAGAGCUUCACAAACAUACUCCAAUCCAAGCUACAGAAGCUCAAAACCUCCAAAUCCUGCAACGAAACCACCCGCCGCCUUAAAUCUGCCCUAAGUCGCCUCAUUCGCCCCUGCCUCCGUGCUCUCGCCGGAUAUCAUCAUCGCCAUGGCUCCCGCCACCGCCGCCACUGCCUUCGCAUGAACUUCGCCGCCAUAUAUGUGGACGAGCUCUUCGGAGGGCCGGGUCCUGUUCCAUUGCAGGCGAAGCAAAUCCAAAAGGGCUCAACGAGUAAGGUGAAUGAGAUGGACGCAGGGCCGGGUCCUGUUCCGUUGCAGGCGAAGCAAAUCCAAAAGGGCUCAACGAGUAAGGUGAAUGAGAUGAGCGCAGGAUCGUCAUCCGCGGCGGCGGCGUCUUCCUUGCCGCGAUUUCUGGGCAUCGACGAGAGGGCGGAGGAGUUCAUCUCCAAAUUCCGGAAGGACAUGAAGCUCGAGAGAGAGCAAUCGAUCCUCGAUUUCCAGGAGAUGUUGGCUCGGAGUGCCUGACGUUAACUCGACGAUUAUUUUUGUAUUUCAGUUUCAAACCAAGGUGUGAAGAUCAGUUGAGGUACAGACUAGAUAGUGAUGUUUUUCUCUCCUUUUCUUGCAUUUUCUUGGGGUGUUUUCUCGGAAAAUUUUAUGGGUUGGUGUCUGGUGAUGGGCGUGAUAAUGCUUGUGUGGGUUGUUUUGUGAGUUCUUAAAAUUGUAAGUGUUUGCAUAUCCACUAUAGGCUUGUGUUUUCUCUAAUGAAUUAAGCUUUGGAAUUAGUAGAAAAUUUGUUUAAUCCAUAAACCA